AUAUGAGCUCAAUACUAGUUUCAGCAAAUAGAUGCUGAUUAUUGUGGGUUUUUUUGGUGGGAACGGAGGUGUAGAGAGGUUUGUGUUUUCAUUGGUGUGUUGUUUGCGAGAAGGUCUGCUGUAUUGAAUAUGGCAGAUAUAUGCAAGACAUGGAGUUUAUUCCGGUGAAUUGCUCUACAGCAUCACUGUGCGUCUAAUCUUUCAUUUGUCUUCUCCCUGCGGAGACACUGGUGAGAUUUUGGAUGAUGCACUAGCGGGGUGAUCUGCGAAUUCCUCUUAAGAUGUAAGGAGUGCUCAACAGGCCACGGUUCGUAAACCCUAAACCCUAAACCUGGCGCCAGAGAGAUGGCGAGCAUGAGUUUGAGCUCUAUGGGGCUUAACGACUCAAUUGCUCAUAUCUUCAGAGCUCGUAACAUACUCACGGCCAAGGAAGCUCUUUUCAAGACAGAACUGGAGCUUGUAGAGCUACUGGAUGUGCCAUUUGGAGAAGUGCAAUCCGCACUCGCUAUCAUCAGUGCGAAAGUGUGCCCACCAUGUCAUUCGGUCUUCAACAUUUUGAGUGAGCGUGCCAAGAAGGAGGCUGCAUUUGGUCAUCUACCCACAGGGUUAGGCGCUUUGGAUGAGUCAUUGUGGGGAGGAAUUCCCUUUGGCGUAAUGACUGAAAUUGUGGGACCUGCUGGUAUUGGGAAAACUCAGUUCUGUAUUACUCUAUCAGUACUAGCAGCCAUGCCCGUCGAACUUGGCGGUCUCGACGGACGUGUGAUAUACAUUGAUACCGAGAAAAAGUUCCGACCGGAAAGAUUACUACAAAUAGCAAAGUCCAGAUUUCCAGAUCACUUUACUAGCGAUCAGGUGUUACAGCAGCUGGCUGCGCGCGUGCUUAUGGUCCAACCCGACACAGUUUCUGAGCUCAUGCUGAGGUUACAGGGACUUGAAGAGGCAAUUCGUCAACACGGAGUGAGACUUCUGGUGGUGGAUAGCGUGGCUGCACUCUUGCAAAGCGAGUAUGGACGUGACGACAUUAUUCGGAGACAGGAACUACUCGGGAGGCAAGCGUCAAUUUUGAAGCAUUUGGCUGAAUCUCGUAGAAUGCCAGUCAUCGUUACCAAUCAAGUGAGGUUUCAGGGUGGACCUGGAGGUCAAGAGACAGCAUUUACUUCUGCUGGUAAGAAAGAGAUAAUGCGGGCAACAGAGACAGCAAACGGUGAAGGGUUAGACCUUCAACUUACAGCUGCUCUUGGUACAAAGUGGUCACAUGCAGUCAACAUCCGCCUCGUCCUCGAAAGCCUUUCAGGAACUCGCUACAUGAAAAUCGCCAAGUCCCCCAUGUCUGCAACGAUAGCAUUCCAUUACGAGGUCACGUGUGCAGGAAUUGAACAGAUAGGAGAUGAAACCUUCGAUGCUAGUGAUGGGGGGAGAAACAUGAUCCAGUGAUUAAUUCAUAUCGACUGUUUCCUUCGGAUAAUUCCUCAAACUCUGCAUUUCUACCUUUUCAUCACCAAACAUUUGCUGCGACGUCUCAGCCACAAAGAAAUGCCACAGCCCAACUUCGAAUUUUGGUUACUUGUACUUCAUGUCUUCAUGAUAACCGUUGGAUCUUACACAUCCCAGUUUCCAUACAUAAAAGAUUUGGAAUUACGCCUCUGACAAUGAGUGUUAGUUGGGAAGAUUUUGAACUUAUUCCUUGUUGGUUGUCUGUUACCACUGUUAAGUUUUGUGAUGCUGACCUCUUUUUCUACGUUUCAUGACGAGAUUGGGAGCGUAGGAAGAAGUCAUUUUUGGACUUUUCAGCCGGUACCAUUGCUAGAAAGUGAUCAUUGUACUUGUGAUGUCCCUACCAUUACAAGUACCAAUGACUUCAAAAACUGCCCUAUACCGAGAAUUCUAACUUCAAAGUGAACAUGGGCAUGGGGCGCUAGAUGAAUACUGGAACAGUUUCUUGCACCUAAUGCUCAAGGACAAGCUUUGUGUGCAGAGGCAAACCGACGGCGCCAAGCAAUAAACAGUCUAGGCUGCGACGAAAUUUAGUUUGUACACUGUCAGCAUUAAAUGUGCAAAUGCGCAAUGUGAAGACGUGUACAUGCUUAUCAAUCAGAUGCAUUUUUUAAAGUAAA